GCGCUUUUUUUAGGAUCCUUCUCUUUGUUCAUGAUUACUGAUUAGAAUUAGUGAUUAGUCAUAUUUUACAAAUAAUUUAGCAAGAGGGACAGGGUACAUGCCGGUUUUGCAUGUUAACAAGUUCGAAAAACGCUGCGCUAAACGGGAAAACUAAUUAAUAGUGUCCUUGCGUGUCCGAUGUCUAGUGCUGAAAACGCAGACAGCUCCGUCGAUCCCCCAACUAAAAAACGGAAGCUCGAGGCAAGAAAAAGUACCAACACGGACAGGGAAAUGGCGAACAACGGCACAGCUUCGAGUUCUCAGGCUCAGGGUCAAACUAGUGAAAUUGAUGAAGGAUUAUACUCCAGACAACUCUAUGUAUUGGGCCAUGAUGCUAUGCGUAGGAUGGCUACAAGUGAUGUACUUAUAUCCGGCUUGGGAGGAUUAGGUGUUGAAGUUGCCAAGAAUGUCAUUUUGAGUGGUGUAAAGUCAGUAACUGUCCAUGACGACAAAGAAGCAACAAUAACUGACUUGAGCUCCCAGUUUUUUUUGUCAGAAGAGGACGUUGGCAGCAACCGUGCCGAGGUCGUUUGCAAAAAACUAGCUGAGCUUAACAGUUAUGUCCCAACUCGUUCUUACACUGGAUCCCUUGAUGAAGAUUUCAUUAAAAAAUUCAGAGUAGUCGUUCUGACCAACUCUACUAGCAGUGAACAACUGAGAAUCAGUGAAAUCACUCAUGCUAAUAAUAUUGCUUUGAUCAUAGCAGACACUAGAGGGUUAUUUGCCCAAGUGUUUUGUGAUUUUGGAGAAUCUUUCACUGUGGUUGAUGCAACUGGAGAGCCUACUGUUUCUGCUAUGAUUGCUGAUAUUAGUAAUGAUACAGAAGGUGUUGUUACCUGUAUUGAUGAUACCAGACAUGGAAUGGAAGAUGGCGAUUUUGUUGUAUUUUCAGAGGUUCAAGGUAUGACUGAAUUAAAUGGGUGCUCACCUAUCAAAAUCAAGGUUUUGGGACCAUACACAUUCAGCAUCGGUGACACUACAGCCUUCUCAAAAUACCAAAGAGGAGGUAUUGCGACACAAGUAAAAAUGCCUAAGGAAUUGCAUUUCAAAUCGCUCAAGGAAUCCUUGGGAAAUCCUGAGUUUCUCAUGACGGACUUUGCCAAAUUCGAUUACCCACCUCAAUUACACUUGGCAUUUAGUACGCUUCACGCAUUUGAAGAAAAAAACGGGCGGGUCCCUAAACCGUGGAGCAACGAUGAUGCAGCUGAAUUUGUGGCACUUGCCAAAACUAAUGCCAGUAGCGGCGAUACUGAAAUAAAUGCCGGCUUAUUGGAAACUUUUGCAAAGGUUUGUGCUGGAAAUCUAAACCCAAUCAAUGCAACAAUUGGAGGUAUAGUGGCUCAAGAAGUAAUGAAAGCUUCUUCUGGAAAAUUCCAUCCAAUUGUACAAUGGUUAUACUUUGAUGCCAUUGAAACUUUGCCUUCUGAUAGGUCUGAAAUUACAGAAGAAUCAGCUGCACCUCAAGGCACCAGAUAUGAUGGACAAAUUGCUGUGUUUGGAAAAGAAUUCCAGAACAAAAUAGCUGCUCAGAAAUAUUUUGUGGUAGGCGCGGGCGCCAUUGGUUGUGAGCUAUUAAAGAACUUUGCGAUGAUGGGCCUGGGUACUGAAGGCUGCAUCAUUGUCACCGAUAUGGACCUUAUUGAAAAAUCAAAUUUGAACAGGCAGUUUUUGUUUAGACCACAUGAUGUUCAAAAAGCAAAAUCUGACACUGCAGCAUUGGCAAUUCUGAAAAUGAAUCCUCAAAUCAACAUUGUUGCUCACCAGAAUAGGGUCGGCCCUGACACUGAAAGUGUUUAUGAUGAUGAAUUUUUCGAAAAUUUAGAUGGAGUUGCGAAUGCUUUGGAUAAUGUAGAUGCAAGGAUUUACAUGGAUAGAAGAUGUGUUUACUACCGCAAACCUCUUCUAGAAUCAGGCACUUUGGGCACAAAAGGAAACACUCAGGUGGUGGUACCAUUCCUGACAGAAUCGUACAGUUCAUCUCAGGAUCCUCCAGAAAAAAGCAUCCCGAUUUGUACUUUGAAAAACUUCCCCAAUGCCAUUGAGCACACAUUACAAUGGGCCAGGGAUGCAUUUGAAGGAUUAUUCAACCAAAAUAUAGAAAAGGCAUACCAGUUUCUCAGCGAUCCUGAUUUCUUGGAAAGAACUCUUAAACUGCCAGGAGUUCAGCCUUUAGAAACUCUUGAACAAGUAAAGGCAGCUCUAGUUGAUGAAAGGCCCAAAUCAUUUGAUCAAUGUAUUGCUUGGGCUAGACUUUAUUGGGAGGAUCAAUACAACAACCAAAUCCGUCAACUAUUGUUCAACUUCCCACCAGAUCAGCUAACAUCAACAGGUCAGCUCUUCUGGUCAGGACCUAAACGUUGUCCUCAGCCCUUAACCUUUGACAUCAACGACCCUCUGCAUAUUGAUUAUAUUGCAGCUGCUGCUCGAUUGAAAGCAGACUGCUAUGGUAUUCCACAUGCUCAUGCCAAUAGAGAUCAUAUUGCCCAAGUAGCUGCUAGCAUUGAGGUUCCUGUAUUUGUUCCAAGAUCUGGGGUGAAAAUUGCGGUUACUGAUUCACAAAUGGCCGCCAACGGUAACAAUGUCGACCUGGAUCGUAUUACUCAACUUACUCAAGAAAUACCAACCAGGGAUAAAAUUGAUGGUGUCAUGUUGAAACCCUUGGACUUCGAGAAGGAUGAUGACACCAAUUUCCAUAUGGAUUUCAUUGUAGCGGCAUCAAAUCUGAGAGCCCUCAACUACAAAAUUCCUCCUGCGGAUAGACACAAGUCCAAACUUAUUGCUGGUAAAAUUAUUCCAGCCAUUGCUACAACCACGUCUGUGGUCGCCGGUUUAGUUUGUCUGGAACUUUACAAAUUGAUUCGAUCUCAAAGAAGUCUGGAACCAUUUAAAAAUGGUUUCGUCAAUUUGGCUCUACCAUUCUUUGGAUUCAGCGAACCUAUUGCUGCCCCACAAAAGGAAUAUGGCGAAAACAAAUGGACAUUAUGGGACAGAUUUGAGAUUGAUGGAGAAAUGACUUUAGCUGAAUUUUUGCAAUAUUUCAAAGAUAAACAUAAUUUGGAAAUCACAAUGCUUUCGCAAGGCGUUUGCAUGCUUUACUCAUUCUUCAUGCAAAAAGCCAAAGCUCAAGAACGUUUGGGCCUUUCAAUGUCCGAAGUGGUGAGGAGAGUGUCCAAAAAAAAGAUCGAACCUCACGUUAAAGCUCUGGUCUUUGAAUUGUGUUGCAACGACACUGAAGGUGAAGACGUCGAAGUACCAUAUGUCAAAUAUAAUCUUCCAUAAGUUUUUUUUUGUGGGCCAGAUUAUUAUUUGAAAAAGAAAAUCGGAAAAAUGUGAUCUUUAAGGUUAUUUUUUUUUAUCCACACAAUUUUUUAAGACUCAAUGUAAUGAAUUUAGACUUUGUAAUUUGUUGUAACAGCGCGUAGUCCUACAUCAACUUAAACUGUUUAUUAUUUUUUCUAUUGAAACCUUAACCAUAAUAGAGCAUUUUUAAAAUAAAUUAUUAUCAAUAUUGCCUAGUAUUGCUAUGUAACACAAUUUGUAAGAAAAUUACUUUUUAAUUAUUUACUUUCUUAGCGAUAUAUAGAUUAUUUUCUCAAAGGUGUGAAAUUAAAUAGGAAUUUCAA